AACUGCGUUGGCUGUGUAAUGAUCACAAAUCAAAAGUUUAAAGUGACAUAUUCAAAAAGCAGAUCUGAAGUUUAAUAUUUCAACUGCAAGAUCAGAUUGCGCCUAAACCUUGCUGGCAUCACGUAGAAGUAAAGUUGCUGACCCAGAUCCCCGGUAGCUACGCCACUGUUGUCACCCGGUAGAUGGUAAACACCUUAGAAUAUAGUAAACACAAUCCUUCCUCCCGAGCUUCCUUCAUGGUAAACACCAUGAAGGAAGGAUUUAAUUAAACACCAUGUAUGGCGAAAAAAUAAGCAGGGCCGGUGGUAGAGCGUUGAACCCAUGUGUGGAGUAAAAGAAGGGGGUGAAAGAAGGGAGAGAAGGGAAGUGGAAAAUCAAAACAAACUCACUUUUUAUUAUGUAAUUAUUUUUUUAUUAAAGCGAAAGGUGCAGUCCUUUCAUAAUUAAGUAGGUACAUAUUUACAAUAUUAUCCAUGUCGAGACUGUCAAACAAUCUCUGUAAAAAUAAUAAAUAUGCAAAAAAAGUGUGCCAUGCAAAAUAUUUCUGUAGUGUCAAAGUUAUCAAAUUAAAAGCUAAUCAAAAAUGUAUCAGAAUCAUUUAUUAAUCAAUAAAAGCUAUGCAUUUGCUUUUAUACUUAACAUGUUUUCUUUUAUUUCCCCAACAAUAUUUUGCAUUAUUUGGAAAUUCUUUAAAAAAGCUACGCGAAAAAGCUUCAAGUAUGUAUAAAACCCAAAAAAAGGGUGUACAUUUGAAUUUUAUGGGAAAUGUAGCGUCUGAUUAUCCAGGAACAAAUCCGAAAUAUAUAAAAAUCAACGAGGAUAAUUGGGAAGAGUAUUAUUCCUGUCUCAAAAAGCAGGAAGAGAAUCUUGGAAGACAGUUAUCUAUGACCCCGCAAGCGAUAGUCGGUUUUGAAGGGGCUAGCGUGAAAUUGGAGUGUAGAAUUUGCAUUAGUCCUUUAGAGAAAGAGAGUAAAGAACUCAUCAAGUGGGAAUGGGCUCCAAUAGAGGGCAAACAUCUGGAACCUGUCGAUUACAAUGAAAACAUCAUAAUUUCUCCCGAAGAUAAAACCCUACACCUGUACAAUUUAGAAACGAGCCAUUCAGGCCAAUACAUGUGUGUUCUCGCCGAUGCCUCGACAACUCCUUAUUUUCUGACCAUCAUCGGUCUUAACGAAAGCGAAAUUUUAGAGGUGCACAGUCCCGAAGCUCCAGUGGGUCCUUAUCCCAAAGAUUUUGAGUAUAUCCAGCAGUACGAUUUGAUUUUGGAUACGGAAUGGAGUGAUUGGUCGACGUGUAGCACAUGUGAUAAAAUUGGAAAAAGGCAUAAGUUAGGUUAUUGUACAAUUUACUCCAAACAAAAUCGAGACCUGACAGUUUCUUCGAAAAUUCUGAAUAAUUCUUUAAUCGUCGAUGAAGACAAUUACAGUACGAUAGACGAACUCAUCGAGAUCGACUUCAAUAUCAGCACCGUCAGUACUACUGAAGAACAAAUAACAGGCCAGACCGAAGCUGAAUCGAUAAGCAGCACCGAUUUGGAAUUAUUCACUGUUUUUGAGUUUGGUAUACCUUGCGACUCGCAUAUUUUACCUUCAGUCGUUAGGAAAAUACCCCAGAUUAAAGCCAGAAAAAAUGAAAUCAUGAUGGGGUUUUGUAGAGUUAAAUGUGAAAAAAAUACAGUGUUUGUUGUCAAAGAUAGGCACGGAAAUGUUAUUGAAAAGGUAAACAAUUCAGCAGGGUUGUAUUCUCUUAAGCAACCGAUGCCUCCACUUGAACCAGCGGUGGCCAGGACACUUGUGUAUGGAAUCAAAGGCAAAAGUAUCGUUUUGUCGUGUCCCGGCAGCAUGAAUACAGACGCUCCCAUCCAGUGGCAAUUAGGCGAUAAAAAUUUGAUCCCAGAAGUUAUUGCUCAAGAAUCUAACAGAAGAAUAUUUAUUAGUAUUACCGACAAAAUACACAUAAAAGAUGCGAAAAUUGCCGAUUCGAACAUUUAUAGCUGCUGGCAAAGAGAAGAACUGGCAGGAACAAUAAGAUUAGUCGUUGAGAAAAAAUUGGAGUUCAAUUUCAACCAUACCGUUAUGCUGAUUGGUAUUGUAAUUAUCAUGUGUGUAUUCCUGCAGGUGUUUGUUAAAGCCAUUGUAGGCAGGAAGUACGCAAAAGUUUAAAAAAUUAUUUAAAUUGUUUAUUGAAUAAAAGUUCUUAGUGUCAUAGGUGUUUUUUACAGUUUGCGAACAUAUU